GUUCUGGGCGCCGGCGGGAGGUCGGCGUUUGUAGGGCGGGACAUCUUCCCCCCCCCCCCCCCAAUCCCCGUGGGCCACCGCAUGGGGUUGCUGGAGUCGCUCCGGACCCGCGGAAGCUCGAGGUGGGGGAGCUGAAAGUUUCAGGCAAGCCCUGACCUAAGGACCACUCAAUGGCACUAGGUGAAGAAGACACAGAGGUGGAGGCAUCUGUGGACACAAAGGCCCAAUCCUGUGGGAGGCUGAGCUGCAGGGAGCGAGAGCUGCCACCCCAAGGCCCUCAGCCAGAGCGGCCCCCACCACUGGAAGCUGAGGGCAGGCCUGCCUCCUCUGAAUGGGGGGCUGAGGCUAGCAGUGUCUCUGGAACUUACCUGCCACAGGCCAACACUGCCAGCAGAAAGCUGAUGGUGGAUAGGUGUAAGCCUGCCCCUGGUGGCCUGCUUCCUCCUGGUAGUCUGGGGCCUGGAGACUUUUUACCCUCUGUGGAAAGCCAGGUGGAGGAAACGAAGCUUUCUGUCUCUCAGAAGCUACCUCAGAAUGUUAAUGUCUCCCAAACCACAGUUCUCUGCUCAGGACAUGAUGCUGAUACCGAAGAAGAUCCCUCCCCAGUUGACCUGCCCUGGGUGCCGGCCCCAAGCCAGCAGCCUCCACUCUCAGGUUUUCCUUCUCUGUCACGGUGGAAGUCCAUGGUGAGCCCCAGCACCCCUCACUUCUCCAGCAGAAGUGUCUCCGCCUCCUCCACAGGCAGCAGUCUCCAGGGUCAGCAAGAUAAGGUGGAUCCUCACAGUGGCUCUUUUGCCAAGGUUUCCUCCCUGGAGCUGGCAGUACCCCAGGGAAGCCCCUCUGUAGUGGUGCCAGGGUCUCAGUUUCAGUGGUCACAGCCUGUAGCAUCUGGGAAUAACGCUGUUGGCCAGGGCAGGCGGCGCCUCUCCUUCCAGGCCGAGUACUGGGCCUGUGUGCUGCCAGAGUCCCUGCCUCCUUCUCCUGACCGCCACUCUCCGCUCUGGAACCCAAAUAAAGAAUACGAAGACCUGCUGGACUAUACUUACCCACUGAGGCCUGGGCCUCAACUCCCAAAGCGACUUGACAGCCAUGUACUACAAGACUCAGGUGUAGACCUGGACAGCUUCUCUGUCUCCCCAGCAAGCACCCUCAAGUCACCCACUAAUGUCUCCCCUAAUUAUGUAGCAGCAGAGGCACCUGCCCUGCCAUUUUCUGGACUCAGAGAGUCAAGCUUUAGGCAGUGGCCCUCUAGAGUAUCCCAAAAGCAAGACAGCGUGGGCCUGGCAUCUUGGAACCAGCUUGCAUCAACACCUAGAGCCCCAGGCAAUAAAGAUGCCUCGUGGGAGAGCAGAGCAGCCCUGCAAGGUACAAAGAACUGUCUACCUAUGGAUAAGCACCUGGAGGUGGGCUCUCCCCAGCUGAGGACAAGGGACAGAGGGCAGCCUCCACCCAAGCCAGAGAGGGAGAAGAGAGCCAGUCAGACUGUCCAGCACCCUGCCUGCACAGAGUCUGGAUGGAAGGCAGAAGAGGAAGUGGAAAGUGAUGAUGAGUAUCUUGCCUUGCCUGCUAGGCUGACACAGGUUUCUAGUUUGGUUUCCUACUUAAGUGUGUUUCCCACCUUGGUGACUUUGCCUACUGGGUCUGCCAAGAGGCAGAGCUCCCUGGAAGUAUCAGACAGUAGUGGGCCAGCUUCCCCAUCGGGCUCCAGCCAAAGCCAGCUUCCUUCUGGAGCUACCUUCCAAGGAACGGGCGGCCCUGAGGGCCAGAACCCCUGCUUCUUGCGCUCUGUUGUCCGCCCCCAGGACUCUACAGGGAGGGGCAGUCUAAUGAGCAAUCAGGCCCUCGGGAUCUCCUCUGGACCGCUGAAGACACAUGCCUCCUUGCGGGCUAUGUCAGACAGGUGGCCAUUCUCAGGUGCAGAUGUUGGAGGGCAGCUUCCCAGGACAUCGGGAGAGCUGGAGAAAGCCUCACUGGUGCAGUGUGUGCAGGUGUUCUGCUGUCAGCUUGAAGAGCUGAUCCACUGGCUGUAUAAUGUCCCAGACGUUGCUGACCUGGAAACUCCACCAAGGUCCAGUCUUACAGAUCUCAAGUCUUCUCUGCAGCUUUACCGGCAAUUUAAAAAAGAUGUAGAUGAACAUCAGUCCUUGACGGAGAAUGUCUUACAGAAGGGUGAAAUUCUUCUUCAGUGCCUAUUGGAUAACACCCCAGUUUUAAAGGAUGUCCUUGGGAGGAUUUCAAAGCAGUCUGAUGAGCUGGAGAGCCACGCAGAUCACCUUUAUGACUCCAUCUUAGCAUCUCUGGACAUGCUGGCUGGCUGUACCCUCAUCCCUGACAAUAAGCCAAUGGCAGCAAAGGAACGCCCAUGUGAAGGGGUUUAACAUGGCGAAAAAGGCAAAAGUUGGUUUUGGGAAGAAAAUAUUCAAGAAGUCCUUGCAAGAGCCAAUAAUAAUUGGCAAGGAGAAAACUAAUGUGCUAGCUUUAAAAAUCUUUCUCUUCUCUGAAGCAAGGGCUUUUGAGUGAUUCUUAUUUAUAAUGAAUCUUUUCCAAACUAAGGUUUUCCUUUUGGUGCUUCUCUACCAAAAGCAUGUGGCUUUGCUACUUUUUUAAAUAAAAUUUAGUAAGACAGGUCUUGCUUUCCCCUCAAUUCUGUAAAAAAAAAAAAAAAAAAGGAGAUAAUUUCUCCUCCUAAACUAUUCCACUUACUGAGAGCAUUUACUGGGGGCUGGCUUAGUAAGGUUCACCUUACUAGAUAUUAUCAGGAAUAGAAGGGAGUCCAGGGGGUGAGGGUAGCCCUAAGAGUGAAACCUUAGGUCUUUAUGAAAGUAAGACAGGUUUGUAAAUUCUGCUUUGAAGAGUUUCAGAAGAGAACAUAACCUUUAAUAUGCAG